UCCUCUAGGGAUACAAGCACUAGACCUACUCCCUCAGACCCUGGAGCCCUACCCUCAUCUCUGACCCCGAUCCAGACUCAAGGGUUACAAUCCUCCUCUCUCAGACCCAGAAGUCCAGGCCUUAGCCUCCUCCCUCAGACUCAAGAGUCCAGGGUCCAGUCUUCCUUCCUCAGGACCAGGAGCCUAUAAGCCCUCCUCCCUCAUACCUAGUUCAGUUUUAUUCCUGAAACUCAGGAGUACAUACCCACGCCCUCCUCCCUCAGACUUGAGGGUCCAUCCCAUUUCCACCUCCAAUCCUCUCUAUCCUCUGACCCUCAGAACCCAGUAAUUCCAGCUAGCCUAGCGAGCUUCCAGCUUGGACUGCUCAGGACAAAACACAGGUUCUCUGCACUUCACUGGCUCCCCGGCUUCCAGAUUUUGGAGUCUGGGUUUUGCAGCCUCGCCUGGACCCUUGGGGAAACAAAUCGCCCUAGGUUCAGCUUGUUGAAGACCCGGCCCCUCCUUCUUAGAGGCCUCCCUCCCCCACCCCUUGUCCCCUUAAAAUACCCGGGAUCCCUAUGGCAACAGGCGCCCGCGACAGGUGCGGGUGUUAUUUACGGGUCGAGCCCGAAAUAGCCAGUGGGGUGAGGGGGUGAGGGGGUGGGCAGAUGGGGCGAGGCAGGGAGCGAGCGCAGCGGGUCCGGAGGGCCGACUGGGCGGAGGCGAGCAAACCCGGACGCUUCGGAGGCAUCGCGGAGCUGGGGCCGGCGCGGCGCAGAGGCAGGAGAGCGCAAGGGGCCCGUGCCCGGGAGACCCGGGUGGGAAGACCCAGGGGAGCGAAGGACCCCGAGCUGAGUCUGGAAAGAUCCUGGCCUGGCAGGCCCUGGGAGCCUGGGGGAGGGGGAGCCGAGUGACUGCAGACGGACUGACUGAGAGUCCUUUUCCAAGUCCUAUGUCCCCCCAGGCUCUUUGCCCUGGUUUUCUGAGCCAGAGUGUGGAUCACAGUGCCUUGGUCUGAGCCCUGUUGGAACCCCAGUCUUUCUCCUGGGCCCUAGCCUCUUUUUCUGGACCUCGCCGUGAUUCUCAGCCACGUAGAGACUUAGGCUUUUUGUCUGAGUAGUUCCUGGCUUGCCCAUUGCCCCCCCCCACCCCGCCCCGAAUUCCCGUCCCCCAACCCCCGUCCCCGAUCUGCUGUGAAUAUUGGAGGAUCCUUCUUGCCUCUCUGAGACUUGAAAGGAUUUGUUACUUUCUCUGUGAAAACCCAAGUCUAACUCUCGUAUAAUCCGAAGGUGUUCUGAUAUCUCCCUUCUCAAACUCUGAGCCGGAAGAAACCUAGACCAUAUUUUCCAAAUAAACGAAAACCCUCAGCGUCCCCUCUUUGGGAAAAUUCUGAGGCUUAUUGGAGACCCCAUAAGCAGCUUGUACAGACAGAGCAGGUGCUCCCUCCUGGAGCUCCCCAGUCCCCCUCUUAGAGAGGUGAACCUCAAAGGGAGCCUGGCUUCCCUCUAGGCCUCACCUGUGCCAAAUUCAUGGGCACAAGUCCAAGUGGCAUCCUUAGGUCAAGAAUAUAGUUUCUUUUUGUUUUUAUUUUUAGUUCUGAGGGGCAGAGGCCUCCUCUCUUGCACUUGGGGUUCAGCUUUUGCUCAUUCCCAAUCUAGUUGACACUGAAACUCCUACUUCUUUCGAAAGUCCAGGCCUUGCUCCCUAUCCCGCAGGCGCUCUGUUCAGACAGGUUUCUCUGACGCUUUGAAGCUCUCCUGAGCUCCAACCACUCCCUCCCAUCAUCAUGAUGUGGUCUAACUUCUUCAUGCAAGAGGAGGACCGUCGUAGGGCAGCUGUGGGCCGGCGUCGUGCCCAGGGACAGCAGAAUCUCGGCCUGACUCCGGAGCAUGAGGGCAAGAUCAAGCUGGUGCUGUUGCUGGCCGCCGUGGGUGCCACGCUGGCUGUGCUGGCUGUGGGCACUGAGUUCUGGGUGGAGCUCAAUACAUACAAGACCAACGGCAGUGCCGUCUGUGAGGCUGCCCAUUUGGGGCUGUGGAAGGUGUGCAUCAAGAGACUGUGGCAGGCGGACGUGCCCCCGGGCAGGGAGACCUGUGGCCCAGCUGAGCUGCCAGGAGAAUCAAACUGCACCUACUUCAAAUUCUUCACCACUGGGGAGAAUUCACACAUCUUCCAGAGAACCACCAAGAAAGACAUAAACUUGGCAGCUGCAGUGAUAGCUGUGCUGGGACUGACAGCCAUGGCCUUGGGCUGCCUCUGUGUCAUCAUGGUGCUCAGUAAAGGAGCAGAGUUCCUGCUUCGCUUGGGAGCUAUCUGCUUUGGCCUCUCAGGCCUGCUGCUCUUUGUCAGCCUGGAAGUGUUCCGGCAUUCCGUUAGAGCUCUGCUCCAUGGUGGCGUCAGCCCUGAGACCCCUCCAGCUCCACGCCUGGCCUAUGAGUAUUCCUGGUCCUUGGGCUGCGGUGUGGGCGCUGGUCUAAUCCUGCUGCUGGGGGGAGUCUGUUUCCUGCUGCUCACCCUGCCUUCCCCGCCCUGGGGGUCACUGUGCCCCAAGCGGAGUGGCCCAACUGCCUAGAGACCCGGCCUGCUUUCUGCAGGCAUCUGCCAAGCCUGCCUCAGUUUCCAACUUUUCACCUAUCUUCUAGAGAAACUGUUCUUCCCACUUUGGGGGUCCAUUUCACAAAAAGUCUUGGUCUUUCAUCUUCUUCUUUUAAAUAAUGCUUUUGUGGGCAUGGGAGAUGGCUCAGUAGGUAAAAUGCUUGCUGAGCAAGCAUGAGGACUUGAGUUUGAGUCCCCAGAACCCACUUUAAAAGCCAGCACAGUGGUACAUGUCUGUAAUUCCAGUGUUGGAAGGCAGACCCCGGGGAACUCUGGGACUCACUGGCCAGCUAGCCUAGCCAGUUAAUGAGGUCCAGGUUCAGCGAGAGAGUCUUUUUCAAAAAUUAAGGCAGAACAUAGAGGAAGAUACCUGAUGCUGAACUCUCUCUCUCUCACACACACACACAUACACAUGCACACAUUCACACAUACACACACGCACAGAUUUUUCUUUCUUGGUAGCUGAAUUUGGGUUGCUUGAGGUAGGCUAUGUUCAAAUGGGGGCCUCCCUGGAGAAACGUGCAAGGACCUGGUGGAGAGAUGGGUCUGAGCUGGUGGAAGGCAGGGGUCCCAGAAGGAUUUGGGAGUCUUCUUUGUCCAAGUCUGUGCUGAUUCACUUGAGGGAGAAUCAACUCCUACAACUUCCUGGCAUGCCGGGGAAGAGCCUAGGUCUGACUUCACUGUGAUCUGAUUUGGGAUUAAAGGUUUGAAGAUGUGACAGCCUUGGUUUGGAGCCUGUCUGUGGUGGAACACACGCGUUCUAGGGUGAAGCAAGGAACCUCUGUCCUCUCCACUCACUGGCCAUAUGCUGCCUGUCCUGGAGUCACUUGCUCACAUGCCCACACAGAUGGCAGACAAGAACUUGGAAAAGGUAACGGUUCAGAUCACAGAC